AUGACGCAAUUCUUACCGGACAACCUGUUAGCAUUGUUCGAGGCGAGGCCUCCACUUCCAUAUAAGCCUCCUCCUGAUGAUCUAUUAAUUGAUCGUAAAAGGCCGAAAAUGUUAGGGAUCGCGCCAUACGUCCAUUUGUUUGAGGAUCCGAAGGAUACUCCUCCGAAACCAGUUUUUGAAACUAAGGAGGAAAGACGUGCUAGGCGGAGGAAGGAAAAAGAAGAGCUCCUUGCGUACAAAAUUGAACAAGGGAUUGCGACUUGGAAUCCUGCCGACAAUCCGAAUGCCACUAUGGAUCCUUACAGGACUUUAUUUGUCGCACGGAUCAAUUACGAGACAUCUGAAUCCAAGCUCCGGAGAGAAUUUGAACAGUUUGGGAAAAUACAAAAGUUGGUACUGGUACAUGAUAAGACGGGAAAACCACGUGGUUACGCUUUUAUUGAAUAUCAGCGUAAGGAAGAUAUGUCGGAAGCUUAUAAAAAGGCAGAUGGUAUCAAAAUUGAUGGUCGUAGGGUGGUUGUCGACUACGAGCGUGGAAGGACACAGAAAAGCUGGUUACCUCGCCGCCUCGGUGGUGGAAAAGGGGAUACUCGUAGAACACGAGAGUCAAAGGCGGCUUUAGAGGCUGCUGCGCUAGAACGUGCGCCCGAGGACAGGGAUCGCCGUUCGUCAUCAACUAGUAGGUCUUAUUCUCAUGACCGGGACAGGGAGAGAGAGGGUAGAGAUCGUGACAGAGAUAGGGAAAGAAAUAGUUCGCGACAUCGUAGCAGAAGUCGCGACCGUGACCGUGAUCGUGGACGUGAAGUGAAGGACCGAAGGUAUGAUGACUAUCGUAGCAGCCGGGAUAGGGUUGAUAGCCGGGAUUACAGAAACGGUGAUCGGGAACGGGACUAUCGGAGCGACCGCGACCGACGCCGAUAUUAA